AUGGUGGACUGGUUCAGUCUUGCCGUGCCAUUCGCCUAUCUGAGCAUCCUUAUCGGAUCUCUGGCAACCUUCUCGUCCCUAUACCGGAAGCGAAAAGCUGCUAAGGCAGCGUCCCUGGAACCAUGGUUUCCCUCUCACCUCCAGAGAGACAUAUACUAUUCCCUUUUGCAUCUUGAUCAGCCUCAGUCAUCCGGCAAGGAGAAAAAGGCGCCUGCUGUUCCGGAGACAGUGCUGAAGGCUGCACUUUUGCGGCGUGCGACGGAGGACAUAAACCGUAUAAUGGCGAUCCGAGAUCAGAAGCAGGCACUAGCGUUGCUGUUACAACGGGGUAGUGUGGGUGAUGACUUGUGGCAGCGAUUCUUACGAGCAGAGAAGGAGAUGGAGGCUGAAGUCCGUGAUGUCGUUCAAGAGGCUAAUGCCUAUGUCCCUAACUGGGGCCAGACCAUCUUCCAAUCUGCUAGAGAGAUGGACAGUAACAUCGUUUUCCGUCAGCGCAUUGAAGAAUACCAGUCCAAGGUGGGAGAAGAGCGAGAAUGGUGGGAUCGCAAGAAGGCCAGCAUUCAAGAAGGGUUCAUGAAAGAGCUGGAGAACGAAGAAAGCUCGAAGAAGACGACAACGCAAUCUUCGACGACUGCCGGUAGUGACGAUGAUGCGGUCUUGGUUGAAGCUGGUGGCCCGGCGGUGACCGGGACUGAGACCAGCAGCCCCAGUGGAAAAAAGAAGAAGAAGGGGAAGAAAUGA